ACACCACAUGUGCCUAUGGCAGAGGUUGCAGGCCGGUGUCUAGACAGCUGUCCAGAGACUGCUUGUGUCAGGGUCUCUUUAGACACCUCCCUCACAGGCGUGGCCGAAGAAUUGAAGGAGAGGAUGCCCGCCUGGGCCAAGAUGAAAAAAGAACAGAAAGGACAGCUAAUUCUGGUAGAUGUAGAGAUUUUUAGAGGUAGAGUAGGGGCCCUAGUAGAUUCAGGGGCCACCCGCAACUAUAUUAGUAGGAAGGCGCUGCAGAAGUUGAAGCUGGGGCUUAAAGUCCAAAAGCUAGCAGAUCCCAUAGUUAGUAUCCUCGCAGACAAUCAUACUAUGGUUGUAGAGGAGUAUGUAGAGGGAGUCCAGGCGUAUUUCCGCCUAGAGAAGGAUGGGAAAGUGGAGAAGGUCCUCCACUCCCUGACUCUCCUCGUAGAAGACAGCCUCCCAUUCGACAUUGUUCUGGGAAUGGAUUGGGGAGAGGCAGCCGGGGCCACGCUCCAUUUGAAGGAGCACAAGUGUAGGCUCCCUAGUUCUUUAGGCGAGGCUAAGACUGCCCGCCUGUUYCAUGUGUCAGGUGUAGAGAAUUCCUUGGCACAUUGUUGCCUGAGCGCGCCCGCAUUCGCCAGAUUGGUGAAGAAGGAGAAAUUGGAGGAACAGGUCUUUGUCGCCUAUAUUAGGCCAGUGACUGAGCCUAAGGAAGAGAAGCCCGUAGACCCUACUAUUGCCAAAUUGCUGGAAGAAUUUGAGGAUUUAACUAAGCCGCCGACAAGCACGGUGCCGCGGCCCAUCCAGCACCGUAUUGAGAUAGAGCCUGGCAGUAGAACUCCUAAGGGUGCUGUAUAUAGGAUGUCCCCGCGGGAGUUAGAGGAGCUACGGAAGCAGUUGGACGAGCUCCUCGAAAAGGGUUGGAUUAGGCCCAGUUGGUCUCCUUUUGGAGCCCCUGUUCUCUUUGUCCCUAUGAAAGAGGGAGAGCUGAGGAUGUGUAUAGACUAUAGGGGUCUGAAUGCUAUUACAGUAAAGAAUGUUGAGCCACUGCCUAGGAUAGACGAUCUCUUAGAGCGAGUGCAAGGGGCCAAGUACUUCUCUAAGAUAGACUUAAGGUCCGGAUACCAUCACAUAGAGGUACAUCCUGAUGAUCAGUAUAAGACAGCCUUCCGGACUAGGUACGGGCACUAUGAGUUUAUAGUGAUGCCUUUUGGACUAACCAAUGCGCCAGCUACGUUCCAGCGUUGUAUAAACGAUUUGUUAAGGCCAUGGUUAGAUAGAUUUAUUGUAGUGUACCUAGAUGACAUUCUAGUGUUUAGUAAGACCCUCGAUGAGCAUCAGGGUCAUCUCAGGCAGGUCUUGGAGAAGCUGAGAGAAGCUAACUUCAAGAUCAAUGCGAAGAAGUGCGAUUGGGCGAAGACCCAAGUUUUGUAUCUAGGCCACGUCUUAGACGGAGACGGCGAAGUUCGUGAGGAACUUCUCCACCAUCGCUGCGCCCCUUCGCAGAUUGCUAAGAAAAGAGACAAUAGGAAGUGGGACAAGGACUGCACGUCUGCCAUGAAGAAGCUAAAGCAGGCGUUAAUAGAAUACCCGGUCCUUAAGGUCGCCGAUCCGUCCUUGCCUUUUGUCGUUACUACGGAUGCUAGCCAGUACGGCAUAGGCGCAGUGUUACAGCAAGACGAAGGCAAUGGCUAUAGACCCGUAGAGUUCAUGUCCGCUAGGAUGCCUUCAGAAAAGGUUGCGACAUCUACCUAUGAGAGGGAACUCUACGCUCUCAGGCAAGCAUUAGACCACUGGAAGCACUACUUGCUUGGGAGGCACUUCAAAGUCUAUUCUGACCAUGAAACAUUACGAUGGUUAAAGACGCAGGCCAAGAUGACASCUAAGCUUACUAGGUGGGCCGCCGAGAUAGAUCAGUACGACUUCGAGCUCAAGCCUGUCAAGGGGAAGUACAAUGUAGUCGCGGAUGCUCUGAGUAGGAGAGCAGAUUACUUUGGGGCAAUAGUACAUUACCUCGAUAUAGGAAAGGAUCUGCAGCAGAAGGUUAGAGAAGCCUACGCACAGGACCCUAUCUAUGGUGAGCUCCUUAAGAAAGUCAAGGAGGCCCCAGAGACCGAGCCGAACUACCGCACUACUGAAGGGUUGCUUUUUGAGAAGACUAAUGUUUUUGACCGAUUGUGCAUCCCCAAUAGCGAAGAGAUCCGCAGUCUGAUCUUGGGAGAAUGCCAUGACACGGAGGGUCAUUUUGGUUGGCAAAAGACCUUAGCCAAUCUGAUGCGCGCGUAUAGCUGGCCAGGGAUGAAGAAUGACUGCGUAGAGUAUGUUCGCAGUUGUAAGUGGCUUGGUGCCACCAAUCCUAGGAUCGACUGGUGGAUCCCUAGGGUUGCGCUACUUGACCGGCAUGGGGUUUAUCGCCCUUGUAUGCUCGUUGAUGAGUACCAUCCGGCCAGCAACUGUUAUUGCAUGAGUGCUCGCAGAUUUCUGCGAUUUUCACGCCAGACGGACCACGCUCGUUUGUUUGUGGCUUAUGUCAAACAGACUGACGUGGAGACUGCUCCCUGUCCCUCUCAAAUUCAGGAGGUUGUUGACCGCUUCUCAGAUCUUAUGGAGGAGCCUACUGGACUUGUCCAUAGGCAGACCAAACAUAAGAUUGAGAUCCUGCCUGGUUCGGUCCUUCCCAAGGGCCGAGUCUACAGGAUGUCACCUGCUGAACUUGAAGAGCUCAAGAAACAGUUAGAGAACCUGACCAGCAAGGGCUGGAUUAGGCCCAACACAUAUGAGUUUGGGGCACCAGUCCUCUUUGUUCCAAAGGGGAAUGGUGAGUUAAGGAUGUGUGUGGACUAUCGUGGUCUCAACAAAGUCACGAGGAAGUCUACAGAGCCCCUUCCUCGCAUCAAUGAUCUGUUGGAUAUGGUGCAGGGCUGCACUAUCUUUAGCAAGAUCGAUCUCAAAUUUGGCUAUCACCAGAUUGAGAUGGCUGAAGGCGAUUUCCACAAGACAGCCUUCAAGACUAGGUAUGGUACUUAUGAGUACCUGGUCAUGCCAUUCGGUCUCUGCAAUGCCCCAGGCACCUUCCAGACAGAGAUGCAUCGCAUACUCAGACCUUACCUGGACAAGUUCGUAGUUGUCUACCUAGAUGAUAUCUUGGUAUUCUGUCGUUCUGUCCAGGAGCAUGCGCAGCACCUGGAUCUGGUCCUCCAGGCCUUACGUGAUAACCAGUAUAAGAUCAACAGGGAGAAAUCCUCUUUUGGGGUUCCCUCUAUGGUCUAUCUGGGUCACGUCAUUUCUGGAGAGGGGUUGGCUCCUGAAGCAACAAAAGUUGGUGUAGUUCAGGACUGGCCGCGACCUGCUAACAUUCGUGAUGUCCGGUCAUUCUUGGGACUUGCAUCCUAUUAUAGGAAGUUCAUCUAAAACUUCUCCUCUAUUGCAGCUCCCUUGACUGAUCUCACAAAGAAAGACACUUCCUUUCUUUGGACAUCAGAAUGUCAGGAGGCUUUCACACGUCUCAAGGAGGCCUUGAUUUGUGCCCCUGUUUUGAAGUUACCUAACCCUACCCUGCCUUUUGUACUUACCACUGAUGCUAGUCAGUAUGGUGUAGGGGCGGUACUUCAACAGGAUGAUGGGAAUGAUCUGCAGCCUAUUGAGUAUAUGAGCAAGAAGAUCAAAACAAAGAAGUUGAAGGACU